GAACGCACAAACCGUGCUUGCCACAAAAAAGAAAAAAAUACAAGCGUCUGCUAAAAUGGCGGCCGCGGAGAUCCAAAUAGUAAAUCCUUCCAAUUUACAGAAAAUUGAAAGCUUCCUCAAUGAUCCUAGUUACAAAGAAAUUAUUGAAAAUUCAUCAACAUUCAAUUCAAGACUAUGUGCGGAAAGGAGGAUGCGAAUGCCCUUCAUCGACACCCAAACUGGGGUUGCACAAAGUCACUGCAAUCUAUUCAUGACAAGAAGACAACGGAUGCCCGGCGCGAAGGAGGGACAAGUUUAUACAUAUCCAGCACAAAGAUGGCGUAAAGCUCGGCGGCAAUAUCUGACUAUGUCGUCUACUCGGUGGGGUUGGAGCGGUGCAAUAGACACAGCUGAUAAUACUGGAGAAGGGGAGAACAGUUCUGGAGUGCCCGGUGAGGCUUUAGCGGGAGAAGAUAGUAGAGACGGUUCACAGACUGCGACUAAAGAUGACCCAAAGUAUUUCCAGGAGUGGUUCUACGACGAACUCGCGAUGGAAGAGAUGGAGACCGGCGAGGAGCCCGACCCGGAGUCAGACGAAGAUUACUUCCACGAUACGUACGCUAAUAGGCGCCGGCGACGUGGUGGGGCCGCCCCUACUGGCCCUGGGUCCAGAGGAGGACGGACCAGGAAGUCCCAGCCUGAUGAUACGCCCGCGAAACGGGGACGAGCGGGUCGUGGUAGAAAGCGGGCGUCUGCUCAAGGCGCUCUCCCUUACGAAGAGACCGGUGACUCGGAGAAACCCUUUGGCUGCGAACUGUGCGGAGCGAAAUACAAGACCCGUGCUGGCCUGACUUACCACUUCACGCAUACGCACAAGGAGCCUGCGGGGGGCGCCGGGGCGACGGGGCCCCCCGCUGCCGGCAGCGACGGGGACUCGCGCGACAGCCGCGCGGGCGCGCACACGCCCCCGGCCCCCGCGCCCCAGGGCUCCGCCCCUGCCGCGACCGGCCCCGCAGCCCCCGCCACAGAAUAUCAGGAUAGCUACGUCACGUUUCUCAAUAACCCAGCCGUAGGAGCCGCUGCGAGCGUCCCCGCACCCGCUCAACGUCGACCGUCACCGCCUCCGAGGCCGGCGUCCGCGGACACUUCGUCAUCGGAUUCUGCGCAUGCGCCACUAGUGCCGCCCGCGCCGCCCGUCGCUGGCCAGAGCAUCCCACCCGUACUUAUGAAGGAGCCUGACACUAAGGCGUCGCCGUCACCGUAUUGCGACUUCUGCCUCGGCGACGACCGAGAGAACAAGAAAACAGGAACUCCCGAAGAGUUGGUCAGCUGUUCCGACUGCGGACGAUCAGGUCACCCCACCUGCCUACAGUUCACUGCCAACAUGAUAGUGUCAGUGCGCAAGUACCGUUGGCAGUGCAUCGAGUGCAAGUGCUGUUCCGUCUGCGGGACCAGCGAUAACGACGACCAGUUGUUGUUCUGCGACGACUGCGACCGCGGCUACCACAUGUACUGCCUGGCGCCGCCUCUGGACACGCCGCCCGAGGGAUCGUGGGCCUGCGCGCUCUGUCUGCAGGAGUUCCACCGCAAGUGAGCAGAUUGUGAACGAAAGCGUGGCGAGAUGGAAUGUGACGUACGCGCGUCCGUGUACGAAAGUACCUUCGGUGUUUCUUGUCAUUCGGUUAUAAGAUAAGUGUACACUGAUUUCAUGUAAUUCGUUGCCAUAGACAUUAGAUUGCCGAGGCUGAGUACGGACUGACGUUCACGACCCAAUGUACAUUACUUUAAAGCUGUAAAUACGUGCUUUUAAAUCGCUGGACGGACUAUUACUUGAUCAAUUAAAAACCGUAGUUAGAAUAUUAUGAAAACAUCAUGGUAUUGAUCAUUUUUAAAUUAUAUCAAUAAUUGCCUCAGUGGUUUGUUUGAACAGUAAAAACUAUUGAAAUCGUGCCAUUAAAGAAAGGAAUCGAAAAUGACUACGCAAGAUAUUCUGUCUCACGCACACGUUACUGAGGAUAGCAUGUGCGAGAGGGACAGACUGUCUCAAUUCGUCAUUUUCGAUUCCUUUAUUUAAUGACAUGACUUAUAUGUGAAAUAGCUUUCUGAAAAUGGUACCUAAAUAAUUUAUGGGUAUUAUUAAUCGAUAAUGGCUUAAGUGCGUUCUAGAUAUUUGAUACAUUUACCCCAGUUAAGAUAUCAUAUUAAGCUUAUUAUUACCCUACAGUACGGCCAACAUAAAAAAACGAAACUGGUUUGUGUUUGACUACUGUCACGUCUUAUCUUUCUGAAAUCUAUUUUGAACCUUAUUGCUUUUGCUAUGAGACCUCGCGUUCGGGAUUUUAAGGUUUAAUUCUGUCCAUUAAUUUUUCAUAAUGAUCUAUUUUACUUAAAGAACUUUAAAGGAACGUUACGUAUAAAGUAGCUGUUUUUUAUGCCAGGUGGCACGUGCAUAUACUGGGUUUCAAUUCUUUUUCUCAGUAAUUACUUAAUGUGCAACAGUUUAAGGCAGUUGAUGCGACUAUUUUUUUUGUUUACGUGAAAUGUAUGUAUCUAUUGUAUUUCUCGAGCAAGACAAUAGCGGAUAGUUAAUCACUUCCUCGCCGGCGCGGUCGGACAACUGCCUGACGUCAAAAUGACUCUGUACUCAUCACAUAAUGUUUGAAAUGAAACUUCUUUACGGACGCGGUGUAUAUAUACAAUUUAUACAUAUAUAUGAGUGAUGUGUGCGCAACUCCGUUUCCCUAUGCCUUGUGCACCGCCUAAUAUUAGGUUAUUUAAGAAAAGAAGUUUCACUUCAGAUGUGUGGUCCUUGUACACAUUUUUUUUAUUAAGUGGAUAUGAAUUUACAGUUUUAUUGACUUAGUUUUAUUCUAAAGAAAAUGAUGCUUAUGUAAAAUAAAAAUAUGAUGGCUUAGUUUUUUUUUACAAAAAGCCAGUCUGUACUGGGCCUCUGUUGUUUCUGUGUAAAAGGCGGUUGAUGAUGCCAUGCUAUUGUCAAGAAACAUGGUUAAUAAAUCUGACAGCACGUUACGUAGGAUGGCAUGUGCGAGAGGGACAGAAUGUCUUACGUCGUCGAUUCCUUUCUUUAAAGACACGAGUUAUAUUCAUAGAGGUAUAAGAAUGGAGUGGGGAAGGCGGCUUUAAAAGUGUCCGUCUAGUAGAGAGAGAAAGAAGAUGAGACACCGCUAGCUAUCUCUCUCUCUUGUGACGCAUGCGCAGUCGUCUGUCCAAUAGUUGGUCCAAGCAUCACAUCGAAAUAGUAAGAUGCUUACGGUUGCCAAUGCGCAUGCGCGAUUAGAGAGAGAAAGCUAGCGGUCGCUCAUCUUCUUUCUCUAUUAGGGGGACACUUCCACUUGUAGUAGAGUGUAUAUCUCCCCUAUUCUAUUCUUAUACCUCUAUGGUUAUAUUAUAGGUCGUUAGCGAAUGGCAGAAGUCUUUAACUUUGACAAUUUUUUGUAAUUUAAUAUAAUAUAAUGUGUAACAAUUUUGUGAUACUGACUCUCAAUAUUAAAUAUUCGUAAUUUGAAAUUAUUCCAUCAACGUUUUUUGCAAUAAUAUGGCAGUAUCAACAGCCUUAUCGAAUAUUUCCAUACUGCAGGCGUGUUAAUAAAGCAUUCUUUCUACCUCUACCGGUGCUUGCUUAUAAAACUCUUUGAGAGCGGUGUGACGAUUUCUUAAUGGCUAUUAAACAUGUUUUGGAUGCUAAAGAUGAAAUAUACAUAUAUCACAUUGAUAAGUACGAUUUUUUUAAAUCUGUUGACGUAUAACUGUUUCUUUAAAGCGUUCUUUUCUUAAUAGACGACUUCUAUAGUACCUAAGUCAUAUUAAACAUAGAAGCACACAUAUUACCUCAAAACUUGAUUACCACGCAGGCCGUUAUCUGUCAAAUUCCUCAAACUGACUUUUUAAUCUUUAUCCUGUUACACAUAGGAUUCACAAUCGGUUGAGGUUUGAUACUUAGCGUUAACUUGUUGUGUUGCAAACUUAUUACCACAAGGCGAGAAGAUGCUUUCACGACACUUAUUAGUGUUCGUUACAGUAGGAAAUUUAAUGCAAAGUUAUAUUGACCUUUUGACUUGACUUGAUGCAGUAAUGAUAAAUUUCCGCGCUGAUAUGUGUACGUCAAUCUUAAAACUAUAACUCCGCACACCGAAGAAUUGUCAGAACAAGGGCUAUAGAAUCAAAGUAAUACUAUAGCGUUUGAGCGUCCACUCCCAUAAACAAAAGAUUUCCAAACAAAGUAUUACUCAACCAAAAAAUAUAAGUGGCGUUUUGGUAGGUUGCAUUCGACAUUAUAUCGCUUUUUGAUUCGGUAUCGUAAAGAUAACCAAGGUAUCCACAAUCCAUACCAAGGUAUCCAAUUUGAUGUUUUAUAUUUCGUACGCACGCUGAUCAUAGCAACAUAUAGUUGGCUCUUUUUUGGCAUAAGAGUCGACUUUACCCGUCUUAUUCCAAAACGCGAACUAAUGUUAGUCUUAGUUUAAACUAAGAUUUUAAACCCAAUGUUGUAACCGUCUUCCUUUAAGCAAAUAAAACUGGCAGCAAUCAUUUUUUGUCCAGGUUUAAUUUUACGUUUUGCAAUAAGACGGUAAGAGUUGAAUUUAAACUCUUUCUAUGCUUUAGACCUUGUUCUGAGGAAAAAAUUCUUUUGUUUUAGUUAUAUACGGGGAAAACCGUCCUUCUUUUGACGUCUGAAUUUAGCCACUGGAUAUUAAUGUAUCGUCACACCGCUAUACUAUUUCACCUUCAAAGAACCGGCAUUUUAUAUAUAACAAUGAACAAAUUGUUUUUUUUUAAGUUAGUCAUGAUUCUUUUAACUAAAAUGGCAUUUUUUUGUCGAGUGUUUUAGUUUCAAUAAGUAUUACAAUAAAACAUUGAGUAUUGAGUAUAGGUGCUAUUUAUUCAUUUCAUUUCUUAAGUUACAAAUUAUUUAUUAAUACAGUACACAAACACUUAUAUGAGACGGUCCACUUCAAUUAAUAAAGUUCUUGCUAACCAAAUAUACAUUUAACUAGAAUAAAUCAAGCCCAGGUAUCAGUAUGGAUUCUAAUCAGGGCCCGUAGAUAUAAAAACAAGCAGUUAAAUGCUUCAUUUUAAUUUAAACAUAUUUUGUACCAUUUUUAUUUUUACAAUUAUUUCGUUUUAAGAUUGUUUUUAACAUUAAAAUACAAAUUAUGUUCAAUGUUGCUAUUAUUAUAAAUCUCAUUUUUUGCAUUACAAAAGUCUCGUUACUCGUGUAAAAUGCCGGUUCGUACAUCCCUCAUACAUUAGCUUCUAUCACUGCAUUUAAAUCACGUUUCUAGGCAAAUGUGAAGUAUCAACUUUAUUAUAAGUACAUUAUGAUUAUAAUCUUAGUGGUUCUAUCAAUGUGAAACAUUGUUAAAAAAAAACUUGAUAAAUUUAAGAUCAUUUUUAUUUUUAUACUAACCUGAAAAUUUAUAUGCCUACUGUCAAGCAGCAUUCCAUUGACGAUAAUGAGAAAUUAGAAAGGAUUUUUGUCUUUUUUUAAUUUUAAUAAUUUUGCUGUGAAAUUAUUGCCAGUAUCCAAUUGUAACCGAUGCACAAUAUGCUGUCAUUGAGAUUACUCUUGUUAUAAAUUUUAAAAUGGUAAUAACAAUAUUAACCCCAUACCGGAUACGUACUGCGAAUUCCGUAACUAUUGCAGUUACUUGUUGUAGUAGAUUUUUAAGAGCGAUUUUUUACAAGAUUUAUCAGAUCGAUUUUAUAAUAUUUAAAAUUGAAAGAUGACAUCGUAUCUUUUAAGCUCAAUCUAUGAUUUUUUAAUAUUGCGUUAUUAAGUUUCGUAUUAUACUUUCAUAUCGCAAGCACAUUGUUUUAAUGUUGUAACAAUAAAAGAAAUUGUAAUGCUUGCGCUUCACUUGACUAUUCGUGUUGGAUAUUUGUAAACUUGACAUCAGUCCUUGUCCUUUUUAUUCCUUAUAAAGCAUUAUUCAUUAUCAUAAUGACAGAUUGUUUUCAAGUUUACGAAAAGCCAAGUUAAGUGCUGGUAUAAGGUAAAAAUAAUUGUGCUUGAAUAAACUCUGGCAAAUGUUUGUAAUGGUUAAGACAUACGUAACACUGUGGUAAGUGAUGCUGUGAUCAGUUUAGCAGGUUGUGAUGGUUAACACAGUUUUGUGCUUUCAUUUAGACAUAUAUUUUUCUCGUAGCUAUUAGUGAUUUGUACAGACAUGUGACAGGGCGAUUCGUCUUUAUAAUAAUUUUCUAAUAGUGGUUUAGUAAUUAACGCUGAAGUUUCCAUUGUUUGUAAUAUGUGUGGAAAUUUUUGACAAUCAGUUCGAGGUCAGAAGCGAUGAGAGCUAGCUACUAAAAAAAACAUCAGUGUAAUCUAGCAAAAUGGGGUAAUUAAUAGAAUAGAUUUAAAUUCUAUUUAGUCCCACAGUUACUAUUUAGAUUAAAAAAAAAUAAUAGGCACAUAUAUUUUCCUUUUGUCAAUCAAUCAAAAAAAAAAAUACAAAUUCAAGCGCGUCAAAGUUUAGUAGUGGCGGCUUGUGACGUCACAUCUAAGUAAAAAUUGUACCAAGACGUAAGAUCAUGCGAAAUUUCAAAUCAAUAUAUAAAGAAAAAAGAAAAAAUACGUGUCCAAUACCUUUUGAUAAUCUACCCGAAAGACGCCCAUAAAUAAAUUCAGAAUUGUUGAAGACGAGCCUUUGUCAAUUAAGUUAACUUUGUAAGUUUUAGCGGUUAUAACGGUAACGACAUCCGAAUUUCGCUUAUUUGUAUCUAUAUCGAACAAGUUUACAUGUCGUCGCGUGAAGGGCGCAUCAAUAAGUGUACGUGUUUUUAGAUCUCCAGAUCUUGUAUAAAUACUGUUCUUACGUCGGCUGUUUGUCACAUCGUUACGUGGUUUUGAUGGCAUUAUGUGUUUUAUGCUCUUUCACUAUAAAAUUGGUAUGUUAUUUAACAAGGUAUAUGUGGUAUCGCUUGAGUAAACAUCCAUAAUAUUUAAAAAUUCAAGUCUUAACAUCUUACCGUCGUAUUUAUAAACAAGAUUUAGUCAUUAGUUUUGCUUAAGUAAUGAUUUGGGUAACAUUUUUUAUUUCAUACUCAGGAAAUUGAUGAAGUUAUGACUCGAUUACACUUGGUCGGUAGCCCGUAUCCGGGUGCACAAAGACAUUACUCGAAUUCGGACACGGGAAGACGGUGUCGGGUAAACAAAAUGAAAACAAACCGAAUACGGGCGUACUCCAUUCCGUUUAUUUACACUGUCGUUUACCCGAAUUCCAUUGGCACUCGUAUUCGGGCUAACGGGCCAAGUGUAAUCGCGCCAUUAGAACUGUCAAAAAAUUAGAAUUAUUUUAAUUCAAAUGUUUUUUUUUAUUGGCACGAGUUCUAACCACUUGGUUAGUAAUAGUUACAAUUUUCGUUGUUUAGUAAACGUUGAGUACAAUGACUUGGUUACUUAGCAAUAAAGUAAUUGUUCUUGUUUAUAAAUACGACGGUUAGACUUUGGAUGUAGUUGUAACGGUAAGUAUUUUGGUAUACCUCACCGACACGGCCGUCAGGGCCGUACUAGCAUAAUAGUCAGUGCAUUCGCCCGGAUAGCGAAGGGUGCGGGUUCGAAUCCCGUCUGCUGCCUGGUGCGCGUGGAUUUAUUGUUUCUAGUAAAAUUUUCUUUAGAUUGUAACAUCUAGCAGUAAAAUGUUUAAAAAAUAACAAAUAAAACAUGAAUUAUAAUAAAUUCCCUUUUUUAUUAAAAUAUAAUAAUAAAUUCCCUUUUUUAUUAAAACAUAUUUAUUUUCUUGGAAUAAGUUAAUAGUACAGUCAUUUGGUGAGAAAUAUAGUGGUUACCUGGAAAGAUUCCGGGAGUUUUGAAAUUUGGUAUUUUUAUAAAUUUUGAGGUGCUCUUUCCGAAUUUCGACUUUGCCACCUCGUAUUUUUGCCGCUCGCACCGCCAUAUUGGAAAAAUGGCGCCUAAAAGCAGUUUUUUGACAAUAUCUCCUUUCCAACUCAUGUUACGAUAAAAACAGUUAAUACAAAAUGAAACUAGAGACAAUUGCCUACAAUUUAUGUAUCCACCUUUUUUUUCAUAAAGUCAAUAGUUUUGGCGUACGAGCGCCGUAAAGUGUACUCCAAGGCGCAUUUUGGCCAAAAACUCAUUUCCACACCAUCUAAGUGGCGCGUUUUUUUUAAUGUGGUAUCCCCAAUACAGCGUGUAAGUAAAGCUAAGAAUUUGGGACUGAUUAUAGAUGAGCACCUAAACUUCGAAAGCCACAUUGCUGAAUGCUCCCGUAUCUGUUUUUAUAGAUUGAAGCUAUUGUACAAAAUUAGGCCCUAUUUAUCUGAAGAGCUGAGAAUCAAGUUGUGUGAAAUGCUUGUUUUAUCUAAAUUGAAUUAUUGUGAAACAGUUUUUGGGCCCUGCCUCAUGUCUAGAUCAAAUAAGGUCAUCCAACGCGUACAGAACGCUUGUGUUCGGUUCUGUUUUUAUGUGCCUCCUCGUUUACAUGUGACUUCUUUCUUGAACGAUGCAAAACUGUUAAAAAUGGAGGCAAGGGUGAAACUUCAUCUGGCUACUCUAUUUUUUGAUGUGCUGGAGAAGGGAAGACCAAACUAUCUUUAUAAUAAACUUGUAUGGAUGCGUGAUAGGAGUAGAUACCCAGUAAGGCAGUAUGGGCAUGUCUUUGUAACAAUGAAGCACAGAAUAGCAGCGUUUCGUGGAUCCUUUAGAUUUGCAGCCACGAAAUGCUGGAACGACUUCCCGCCGCCAGUGCGUAAUUUGAAAACAAUUCAAACAUUUAGAAAACAUCUAAAAACACAUUUACUGCAUCUGCAAAGCUUGUUAUAGUAUCUACGACUCACUUUAGAGUUUUUCACUUCUAGUAAACUGGCUUGCGGGGUUGAUUCUGGUUGGUUGGCUUACACUUGUUUGGCCACAUCUCUGCGGAACACGCCAUCCACUCUGUUGUCGCCAUGCAUGUUCAGAUUGUUUUUUUAUAAUAUGCUAUCGUAUUUUCCGCAUGUUUUAUGUUAAUAUGAUAAUAUUUCAAUGAUAUAAUGUAUUAAUAGAUUCCACCUUUUUAUAUGUUAGUUUUUAUUGUGUUUAAUAUAUUUAGUUAUCAAUUUCGUCAACCUUAGGCCCUGCCAGAAUAUCAGCGCUGCAGCGGCCCUGGCGUCGCUGUGGCAUUAUGCUGAGGCAGGGACCUAGUUAGCCUUCUUUUUUUCUGUUAUUGCUUUUGUUUUGUGUAAUCCUAUUACAUAAGGCUAAUAAAAUUAUUUCUUGCAAUUCAAUGUGCUAAAAUUUAGAGUAUUCUCCUUCGCUUUGUUGUUCUCGAUGGACCAGGUGUUGCAAAUUUAUCGUCUAUAGUACCAAUCGAAACGUCACAGACCGGUAUUUCAUCUACAUCAUGGGUCUAUUAUAGCAUAAUAUAAUAUCUUUAGUCAGUAUAGUUUAAAUCUACUUAAAUUUUAUGACUCACAAAUAUAAUAAGUUGAAAAUAAAUGCCACAGGUUGCAUGAAUAAUGAGAAUGACCAAAGCGCGCGUUGGAGUACACUUUGCGGCGCUCGUACGCCAAAACUAUUGACUUAAUGAAAAAAAAGGUAGAUACAUAAAUUGUAGGCAAUUGUCUCUAGUUUCAUUUUGUAUUAACUGUUUUUAUCGUAAAAUGAGUUGGAAAGGAGAUAUUGUCAAAAAACUGCUUUUAGGCGCCAUUUUUCCAAUAUGGCGGCGCAAACGGCAAAAAUACGAGGUGGCAAAGUCGAAAUUCGGAAAGAGCACCUCAAGAUCUAUAAAAUUACCAAUUUUCAAAACUCCCGGAAAACUUUCCAGGUAAAACUACCAAAUGACUGUACUAUAACCGAAAAGAUCGAAAGAACUUAAUGUAAAAUUUGACAUUUCAAGCCUAAUUUAUAUUUAAGCAAUUAAAGAUAUCUCUUUUUUUAAGAAGUAAUUUAGAAUAAGCAGUGGUUAUAUUGAUCAAACUUCUCUAAGUAUAAGUAAGAAUGCCAGUAGCGAUGUGACUACAGCUUCUUUCAUGAAUGCUCUCGCCUGUUCUCUCCGCUGCGUACUUCUCUGUAAUAUUUCAGACGAUACUGCCGUAUUACACAUUAAUGACCUAUUGUAUUCUAAUGUACAGCUAAGCUUUUAAAUCUUAUGUUUAAGUAUGUUCUUGAGGUAUACGCGGUAUCGCCCGGAUAAUCAUCCUUAAUGAAUUUGUUAAAUACAUUGUAAAUUAAGAUUUCCAUCCUGUAUUGUGUCAUACUAAUUGUGGUGACGUAACAAAUAAAAUGGAA